AUGAGUAUCUAUUUCUCUUAUGACGAACAAAGGAAGCAAGAUGCAACAUUCACCGUCAAAUCGAUGGGCAUUCAAUUAGGCAUCAAUUUGGGUACUGCAAUUGUUACCAUGAUUGGAUUCAGUAUUCUUCGACCUAGAAAUACACUUGUCUAUGCUCCAAGAUCAAAAUUCUCAAAGAAAGGGCAACAGCCCCCUUUGAUCGGAUCACAAGGUUAUUUUUCAUGGAUAAAACCAUUACUCAAAGUAACCGAUGAGGAAUUACUCGAUCAAGUGGGUUGUGACGCACUCAUGUAUAUCCGAUUUAUCCGACUGCUGCGUAAAUUGCUCUUUUGGAUGACGGUCAUUGGUGUUGGUGCCUUGAUUCCAGUCUACAUUGUGGCUACAAAAUACACAGGGCAGGUAUCACAAACAAAACUAUACAUCUUGACACGAGCGGAUGUUAACACAGUCUGGUACUGGUCUCCGUUUGUUGCAACCUAUUUAUUUUCGAUCUUGAUUGCCUAUUUCAUGUACAGAGCAUCCUGUGAUUACAUCGAUAUGCGACAAUAUUGGUUUCGGUUGCCUGAAAACGAAGUGACAAUGAAGUCGCUCAUGGUUAGCCCUGUACCAAAAGAGAUGAGAUCAGAUGUAAAAUUGAAAACUUGGGUCGAGUCGACUCAAAUGAUACAAUAUCCUAUCAAGGAAUCCAUGAUUGGCUAUCAUAGCUCGAAGCUAUCAGAUUUAUUUGAAAAACACAAGGAGGCAGUCCAUCGAUUAGAAUCUACUUUGGCUUCUUACUUGAACGGUAAAAACACAGACACCAAAAAGAGACCUCUCGUACGUAUCGGCGGUUUUCUUUGUCUCGGAGGAAAGAAAGUGGAUGCGAUUGAACACUACACCAAAGAAGUAGCAGAUCUGGAAAAAGAAAUUAGCGAGCUUCGACAUGGGAAAAAGGAAAAAGCCAAAGCCGCACCCUAUGGGUGGAUAUCGUUCGAUCGAAUCGAAUGGGCUCACCAGGCAGAACGUUCCUUAGAACAUCAAAAAUCCUUUCAUGUUCGACUCUCACCUACACCUCAAGAUUUAUUAUGGCCCAACUUACCCUUGGAUGAUAAGGCAAGGAAAGCAAAGAGAAUGACAGGGCAUAUUUUCUACUGGGUUUUUGUGUUUGCGUGGAUGAUUCCCAUGUCAGCACUUUCAGCUACUUCGAACGUCAUCAACUUAAUCCGUCUCAUACCAAACUCGGCCAAUUUUAUAGAGAAUCAUCAAAUAAUCAUGGGCCUCAUCCAGUCAUACUUUACACCUGUUGUCAUGGCCAUCUUCUUUUAUUUGCUCCCUAUCUUUUUCAGAUUUCUUUCACAACAACAAGGAUAUUGGACAAAGACGGCCUUGGAUAGAAAAGUACUGGUUAAGCUUUAUAUCUUUUUUAUAAUCAACAACCUGCUAGUAUUCACUUUGACAUCCAUGUUCAUUGGCAUCUAUGGUCAACUGAAGGGAUUGGUUCAGUCUGGAGUAACUGAAGAAGUGAGCCUAGUUGAUUAUAUUAUGCAACUAGCCAAAAACAUUUCACAGGUAUCUACAUUCUGGAUCAACUAUGUCUGUCUCCAUUCACUCGGUCUUACGAUGGAACUUGCCAUGAUUUUGCCUCUAAUCACGAUUACCCUUCGCAAGUUCUUUACGCGACCCAGUCCAGCCGAACUUCGUGAACUGGCACGUCCACCCGAGUUUGACUAUCCCAAGAACUACAAUCUCUUGCUCUUUUUCUUCACCAUAUCUCUCAUCUAUUCAGCCAUGUCGCCAUUCAUUUUGCCUUUUGCCUGUCUGUAUUUUUGCGUAGCCAGUAUGGUCUACAAGUACCUGUUGGUCUAUGUUUACGAAACAAGAAUGGAAAGUGGUGGAAAAAUCUGGCCUGUCCUCUUUCAGACAAUCAUGACCUCAACCAUCUUCUUUCAAUUGAUCAUGAUUCUCAUCCUUGUCUUUAAGGGCGGUAACUUGCAAGCUUAUCUUUUGAUUCCACUCCCUGUUUUCACCUUGAUCUACCAGUACUUUUACUAUCGUCGCAUGCACAUUCAUGGCUCUUACAUCUUUGGCACACAUUCCAAGCUUCCUUUGCCACAACACGCACCCAGUACGGAAAAGUCAAAGACCGAACCUGCCAAGACGCUCAAGAGUCAAUUCCAAGACCCAGCUUACCAUCAAAAACUGUCUGCGCCUACUGUACACGACGACGUGAAGCAUCUGUUACCCAAGGUG